AUGGAGUUGUGUUCCCAUAGUCUGCAGAAUAUUCUUCAACACAAACCACAAGUAUUUGGUCGACAACCGGAAGAACCCAUGAAUUCAAUCGAAUUUUACAUUUCGUGUCAUAUAUUCAAAGAGAUCUCAGAAUGUGUUCAGUAUUUACAUGAAUUGAAUCCACAGAUCAUCCACAGAGAUCUCAAACCCGACAAUAUAUUGAUUGCACGAAAAGUUAGGAACGGUAGGUUUGUGAAGUUAGGUGACUUUGGGUUGGCAUCAUUUCACUACAGUUCGUUUGGAAGUCAUACCACAGGAGUGGGAACUCGUCAAUACAUGGCACCGGAAGUUAAAUUGCAAACUAAAUACACGACUAAAGCGGAUAUUUAUAGCCUAGCAAUCAUUGCACACAAAUUAUUUAAUUUUAAUGAGUUUAAUUCUCCGGAAUUGAGUAUUUACUCGGGAUAUGAAAUAUACGACAAACUCAUUAAAUUGGAUCAAAUCAUAGACUCGAUGUGUGUUGCGAUUCAUAGCACUCGACCCGAGUGUUCACAAAUCGUAUUGUUUUUGGAGUCGCCAUCGAUUGUGUCCACCGUUUUCCGUACCGCCCGGACGUACGAGAAGUGGCUCAACACCAGGACGUCGUUGUUGUCGAUCAGUAUCCUCUUCCUAAGCGACUGCCACUCCGUAAGAAUCGAUACUUCGCUCGUCAUGUCUUCCAUCCGCAAAAUUGUCGUUAAUUGGGAUUUAGAGCCGAACUCAUUCGCCGACUCUUUCAUGAAUUUUGGGCUCAUUUUUGUGGAUCAGUUCACACAAGAUAUCAGACGAACACUGUCAUAA